ACUGGCCCAAGGCCAAAGGGGAGGGGCUGAGCAGGUGCCUAGCACUUGCAACUCAACUUGCACAGCAUUUUCACUAGCACUGUCGCUGUACUGGUGAUGGCGUCCAGGCUUGACGAUACAGACUGCCAUACUGUACUGUUCAUGAAAAGAGGGUCAGAAUUUGUUCCCUAUCACAGGCCAAAGAAAUUUCCACUCUCUCUAGAAAGGCAUAGAUUGCUGAAGGAGAAUGCCUACAGUUACCGUCAGAGCAGUUGCGAUGUGAUAACCCAACGUCUGGAGCCAUCUCUGAUAGAGCCGUGGCUGGACUAUGAGGCAACCCUGUACGACCUCCCCAGACCAGGAAAACCCUCACAGAGGCAGCCAAGGAGAGAGGACAACAAACCAGACAUGUCAAUGGCCUUUCCUGAGGAUCUAAAUAUGUCAUUUCACAGUGGGCUACUGGAUAGUACUAUGGACGUAACAAGAACUGCCGUCAUGAAUUCACAAGCUGUUGAAAGAAGUCAAGUGGUUGUCCCAGACCGUGAUGACAUGAGGGGGGAGUACAGUGAACACACGGAGUCGCUGUAUCCAAGUAAUGAUCCGACAGACAAGAGCAGUAACCUUGUUGAUAGAGGCCAUAGCAACCAGAUGAGGAGUGAUGAUGGUUUGCUACCAACACGGGUUGACCCAACAAAACAAGAACUGCCACUUCUAUUCUACCCUCGUACCACCAAACAAACUCAUAAAUUGCCAAAGUUCUCAAAAAGACGUCGUCAUGCAUAAAUAGUCAAUUCUGUGAUUAGUUCUAUUCAUUCAGUACAUUUGCCUCCAUGUAUAAUCGAAUCAAUUGUAUUCUGAGGGUAAAUGAGAGAA